AUGGGUGAAGGUGAUGAUGUGCUCACGCACAUCAACAAGAUGAAAACUUUUGCGGAACAGCUCGAUGCGGUGGGCGCGUCCGUAACUGAAGAUGACUUGGUUACAACGCUUCUUGGAAGUCUCAGUAAGUCGUUUGCAUUUCUCAUCACAGCUUUGGAGUCAAGGUCGGACUCGUUGUCGUGGGAGCUUGUGACGUCUCGGUUGCUGCACGAAGACAUGAAGCGCAAGGAACAAGGUGGAAGUAUUGAUGGUGUUGCACAUGGUCAAGGGCAAGCGUUUACGAUGAAAGACAGCGGUCGACGCAAAGGUCGUACUGCUCCAGCGGAAGCAUCAAGUACAUGUCAUUACUGUGGUGAGCUUGGACAUUGGACUACUAAAUGCCCAGCUCGCAUCCGUGAAAACACAUAG